AUGUUUCGUCAAAUAAAGGUACACCAGGCAGAUGCGGAUUGGCAAAGGAUUUUAUGGCGUCCGAACCCUGGCGUUUCAGUGCAAGAUUACCAAUUAACCACAGUCACCUAUGGGACCGCCUGUGCCCCCUUUUUGGCAUUGAGGGUGCUGGCACAACUGGCUAAGGAUGAAGGAGGUCGUUUUCCCCUUGGAGCUCGAGCGAUACAACGACAUACAUAUGUCGACGAUAUUCUAGCCGGAGCGGAUGAUUUAGAAAAUGCAUUCGAAUUAAAACGCCAGGUUAUAUCUAUCUUUAGAGCUGGUGGAUUCGAACUAAGUAAGUGGGCUUCGAAUCUACCGCAGCUUCAGGAAGAGGACAGUACUGAAUCCCACCGCUUUCAUGAGAAAACAGGAGUUAGUACCUUGGGUGUAAUCUGGUGUCCCCGCGACGACACUUUUUCUCUUCGGGUCGCCGGUCCAAUGAGCCAAUCGGAUAAAAUCUCAAAAAGAUCGAUCCUCUCGGAGGUGGCGAGCUUCUUCGAUCCACUGGGCUGGACAGCACCUGUGUUAAUUUACGCCAAAAUAUUAUUACAAGAUCUCUGGCUACUCGGUAUCGAUUGGGACCAAGACCUACCUGAAGCUAUCCAAACCACUUGGCACUCCUUCAGGACCUCCCUUAGCCAGCUCGACGCUCUUUCAAUUCCACGCUGGACUCGCUACUUGGGAGAUCGCACCGAGAAGGUGGAGUUGCACGGGUUCUGCGAUGCAUCUCAAAGGGCCUACGCUGCAGCCGUCUAUCUGCGAGUAAUGCAUAAGGGAGAAAUUUCAACCAUGCUUUUGGUGGCGAAGACCAAGGUGGCCCCAGUCAAAGCCCUGACAAUACCAAGGCUAGAGCUGUGCAGCGCGGUACUUUUGUCAAAACUCAUGACCCAAGUAAGGGACGCAGCUGGUGAACAACAGGCUCCCCAAUUAAGCGAUCUGGUUUUGGGUGUCAGUGUGCGCUCUGACAAAAAGGGCUAUGGACAAUUAGUUGUCGAGUCAAAUUAA